GCAGCUCUCUCUUCUAUUUGCUAAAACACAUGAUUACCAGAAAAACCAGGGCACCCACAUCCGACAACAGAAUCAUCAUUGGAGACCCAUAGUACAGCAGCCUCCCACAGUGCUGCAUGUAAAAGGAUAUCACCAUGAACACUGCAAACAUAACCAUUGUUCUGCUCACCCUCCUGGCAAUCUUCUCAGCAACUGAAGGGAAAAGACAGCCACGGGUUCUACACUGCCUUUGCCCCAACGUGCAGACUGGUCGUAUUCCGUUCAGGAAUCUGAAGAGAGUGCUGCAUCUCCCUCCUCGUCCGCACUGCUCAAAGACUGAAGUCAUUAUCACACUCAAAAAUGGACGUCAACUCUGCCUGGACCCAAAUGACCGCCCGGUGAAGAUUCUGGUGGCGAGAUCAACCAAAAGAAUGCAGGAAAGUAAACAUUCUAAAGAGGUUGGAAGCACUACUCAUACCCCGUAACACUUGUUAACAAAAUGGUGAACGUGAUUCAACAACCUGUGUCUUGGACUGCCGGCCCAGCGCUCCCUUCUGAUACAAUUCAUUGCAUUGUAGGGGAUGUAUGGGCAUUUUGCUCUGCGAAAGCUUUCACUAGACAACUUGCUUCUUAUGAGCGGAAGUGUACAAUGUAGCACAUUUUAUAUCUAUUGCUUGUUUUUAUUAUAUGUUUAUUACAUAUGUUAUAAUACACAUAUGUUUAUUAUAUGUUUACCUGUGAAGGACCCAGGAAGGGUCAGAGGGAUGAGUCCUUAGAAGAGAGCUGCAUACAGUAGGUAAAUGAAAAGAGUUCCUUAUAAGAGGACUUUUAGACCUUAGAUCAAAGUGUUUGUCCAUGUUAUAUUUAUGCUUUCACUUCAUU